AUGCCGACCCGCCGAGCGCUCCCUCUUCGAAUCGCCGCGCUCGUCGUGAGCGCUUGGACCCUCGCCGGCGUCGCCGCCGGCAACAACGCGCCGCCGUUCUCGACCCAGAUGUCGCUCGACGGCGAGGACCUCCUCAGCGUCUGGUUCGAGCGCAACGGCUACGCGUACAAGUCCGACUCGGCGUUCGAGUGCGAAAAGUUCCAGCUCCUCUUCUUCGGGUCGGCGGCACCACUUUCGCUCGACGUCCUGCGGUUCCCUCUCCCGCUCAACGAGUCGGCGUACGAGGUCCUGCACUACCUCGGCGACUGGGGCGACGUCGCGCCGGGCGAGGUCGCGACGUGGGACACGCGCGGCGCAGAAGUCGGCGACGAGUUUGUCGUGCGGCUGCGCGACGACGAGGGCAGGGUGUCGUACUCGGAGCCAGGCAUGGUCGUCUCGCCCGAGGACUCGUUCCCGUCGAGAGAGUGCACACCUCGCCCCGGCUGGACGCUCCUCGGCGCCACCUGCGCCGCGCUCAGCAUCGUCUGCUUCGCGCUCGCCGUCGCCGUCGUCUUUAGCUGCGGCGAGCACGCGCAGGAUUGCUUCAGCCGGGCACGCCGAAUCGCGGUCGACGGCGGCGACGGCGAGCCCGUCCCACCUAUCCUGCCGUCGGCGUACGUCGCACCGACGAGGCGCCACAAGCGGACGAGCUACGAGAAGAUCAAGGUCAGGGAGGAGGGUGCGCGCAUCGACGAGGACGAGGCAGAGUUUGUCGGGACGUCGCCGGUGAGGAAGGCCGGUCGAGGUUGA